GGCGGAAAAAGUGUGUCAGUGAAGUGAGGUUAUUGUGUUUGUUGACCACGCGUUUACCGGGCUGGAUUGUUUUGAUCCGUGUUCCCUUGAAUUUCCUGGUAAUUUUUACAGUGCUAGUGCGAGAGUACGUAUGAGAAGAUGAGCUUCGCGGGUGCGAAAAGUUUUGUGGAAGAGAAUGAUACGGUGAUACUGUAUUUAUCGAUAAACAACAUGCACGCCAUUCAGGUGACUCCCAAGUUGACAAACAAGGAUGGGAAGAUGGUGGACAAUGUUUUUCAGACGCAAUUUGGUGCUCUAAGAGUGAUUAGUCUCGUCGGUACGGAAUAUGGAUCAAAGGUAAAACUCACGAAAGGGUGGGCGUAUGUUUUGCAGCCCAGCCCGGAACUGUGGACCCUUACCCUGCCCCACAGAACCCAGAUCAUCUACACGCCUGACAUCAGCAUGAUUCUCUACCAGCUGGAAAUCAAGCCAGGAAGUGUUGUAAUUGAAUCAGGCACUGGGAGCGGCUCCCUGUCGCACGCCCUCAUUCGCGCCAUCAAGAGCACCGGACAUUUGCACACCUUCGACUUCCAUGAGGUGCGAGCGCAGAUGGCACGGGAGGAAUUCCAGCAGCACGGAAUAGGCGACUUUGUGACAGUGUACCACAGAGAUGUGUGCAGUAAUGGAUUCACGGAAGCGCUGAAUGGGUCUGUCGAUGCUGUCUUUCUCGAUCUGCCGGCACCCUGGCUCGCCGUUCCUCACGCUGUCAAAGCCUUCAAGUCCUCAGGUGGCAGAUUUUGCUCGUUCUCACCAUGCAUUGAGCAAUCACAGCGCUGCUGCGAGGCACUCGACACGCAUAAAUUUGUUGAAAUACAAACUAUGGAGAUCAUACAUAUGGAGAGUAUUCUCAAGCCAAGAUAUAUUCCGACGCUGGAGCUGGACUUUGUUAAACAUAAGAAGACGGAGAGCGAAAAUGGCGAAAAACCACAGGGAAAUCCGUUGGAGACGAAGAAAAUUGUGAGUGCCACGCAUCCACAGAGCCUCCCUGGUCACACCGGCUAUCUCACUUUUGCAACCUUCCCGCCGCAGCACUCGCGAUAGCAAUGGAAUGAUUUCUCAAACUCCAUGUAAUAUAUUUAUUAUCUAUACAUGAGCAACCAUUUACUUGUUUUAUAUAAAUAAGAAGAAACUGCUGACCACUAUUUGAACAGAAAUACAAUCUGGGAUUUCCGGAAUGACGAUAACGA